UUAUCUUUGAUUCUAUCAAUGAGAAUGGUAUUUAUCCAUUUGCAUAUAUAUAUAUAUAUAUUUACACGCUGUGAUAUUAUCCCUACUUUUCACCACCAACUCUCUGACCCUCUCUACAAACCAUAACCCCUAUUUCUUGCUUAUGAUCAGGAGCAAACACUGAUCUUCAUCUCCUUGAAAUCCCCAUUUCUCAUUUGAUAAAUGGACGUUUUGAAAAGACUCUCAGUUUCUGUUUUUCUUUGUUUUCUUUGCAUAAUAAGCAACAAUGGAGCUGAAGCUUCACACAAGUAUCAACCAGAGCUUGAGUCCCUUGGUGCUGUUCAAGUCAAGCAUGUCCACAGAACUGGGUUUCACUUCCAACCACCAAAGAAUUGGAUUAACGACCCAAAUGGACCAAUGCAUUAUAAGGGGGUAUACCAUCUCUUUUACCAGUACAAUCCAAAAGGUGCAGUGUGGGGCAACAUUGUGUGGGCCCAUUCAGUAUCAAAAGACAUGAUCAACUGGGAAGCGCUUGAUCCUGCAAUAUACCCUUCAAAGCCGUUUGAUAUCAAUGGAUGUUGGUCUGGGUCUUCCACCAUCCUCCCGGGUAACAAACCCAUAAUCCUAUACACCGGAAUUGAUCCCAACAAACGCCAGGUCCAAAACAUUGCCAUACCCGCAAACCUGUCCGACCCAUAUCUUCGCCAAUGGAUUAAACCCGAUUUCAACCCGAUUGUUGUCCCCGCCAUUGGUAUAAACUCCAGCCAAUUCCGUGACCCGACAACUGCUUGGUUUUACAAUGGGCAUUGGAAUAUCUUAGUGGGGAGUAGAAGGAAAGACAGAGGUAUGGCUUAUUUAUACAGAAGUAAGAAUUUCAAGUACUGGGUAAAGGCCCAACAUCCACUACACUCUUCCCCCAAUACGGGUAUGUGGGAAUGCCCCGACUUCUACCCGGUUUCAGUGAACAGCAAAAACGGGUUGGACACAUCUUUGAAUGGUCCAAGUGUUAAGCACGUUUUGAAAGCAAGCCUUGAUCUUACAAGGUAUGAAUUUUAUACAAUUGGAACAUACAAUCUUACCUUAGAUAAGUAUAAUCCAGACAGCGGCUUAGUGGAUGGUUGGGACGGGCUGAGAUAUGAUUAUGGAAAUUUUUAUGCAUCAAAGACAUUCUAUGAUCCUAUCAAGAAGAGAAGGAUCUUAUGGGGUUGGUCUAAUGAGUCUGAUUCACAGCAGGAUGAUAUUAAGAAAGGAUGGGCUGGAAUUCAGGCAAUUCCAAGGAAACUGUGGCUUGAUUCUAGUGGGAAACAACUGGUACAAUGGCCUAUUGAAGAAUUGGAUAUUUUAAGGGGCAAGAAAGUGGAGAAAAGUAAUGUAAAAUUGAACAAGGGAGAUAAUGUUGAAGUUAAUGGAAUUACUGCUGAGCAGGUUGAUGUGGAAGUUAUCUUCUCAUUUUCGAGCUUAGACAAAGCAGAGAAAUUUGAUCCCAGCUGGGUUAAUGCGCAAAAUCUAUGUGGUCAAAAAGGUUCAGAUGUUCAAGGUGGGGUUGGACCAUUUGGGCUAUUGACAUUGGCUUCAGAAAACCUAGAGGAAUUCACACCUGUCUUCUUUAGGAUCUUCAAGGCUCCAAACAAGCAUGUAGUUCUCUUGUGCUCCGAUGCAAGAAGGUCCUCUUUGGACAAAAAUCUGUAUAAAGCAUCAUUUGCAGGAUUUGUAGAUGUCAAUCUAUCUAACAAAAAGCUUUCUCUUCGUAGUUUGAUUGAUCAUUCUGUUGUGGAAAGUUUUGGAGCAGAAGGAAAAACAUGCAUCACAUCCAGAGUUUAUCCAACUCUAGCUGUUGAAGGUAAUGCUCACCUUUAUUUGUUCAACAAUGGGAGUGAGGUUAUUACUGUGGAGAAUCUUAACGCAUGGAGUAUGAAAAGUCCUCACAUGAAUUGAAACCGGAGUGCAAAAAUUAGGAGACAAAAUAGUACUUUUUUCGGCCAUGUGUUAUUAGACAAGCAGGAUGUCAGUUUUUGCUGAUGGGUGUGUUUGUAUAAAUGAAAGACCCAAGUUUCUAAUUUUCUGAGUAAUUUUGUUAUUUAACUUGGUAGAAACUUUGAUAUUGUUCCCCAAGUGAAAAAGAAAA